GCUCGCCUCGCCACAGCUCAAUAAAACUCGCACUGCCGUCGUGAUCGUGGGACAUAUGAUGGCGAUCUUUCUAGCGUCCAGCGUCGCGGAGAACUCUGAGUACCGCCGCUUAUAAGUCUAGAAGUCUUGUGCGCUGCUGGUGGGCAGAGAAUAGGGAGCGCGACAGAUAAGUUUUAUAAGAAUUGGGGGGAAAGGCUGUACCGAGAGAAAGAGAGAGAGAGAGAGAGAGAGAGAGAGAGAGAUUUUAUCUCGCAGCCUCACCGGACUGCAUCCCGCAAUUUGCACCGCUGUAGAAUGAUCAUGUCGGGGAGUAGAGGGACUUUGGGCUUCCUCAUCUACGCGCUCCUGGUGCAGUGCAGUGCGUCCUCGCCGCUCAGGCUGGAGACUGCAGCUUAUGAUGAAGAUGGCACUUCAUUAGCAGACAUGGCCUUUGACUCAGAGCAGAUCGCACUCAGAAGCUCUCCAUCAGGGACGGAUGAUGUCUACGAGAUAUUUUCUCCUCCAGAAAAAAGAACGGAAAGACAUGCAGACGGGAUGUUUAAUAAAGCCUACAGGCAAGCGUUGGGUCAGUUAUCAGCCCGGAAAUACCUGCAUUCUCUGAUGGCAAAACGCGUAGGAGGAGGCAGCGCUAUGGAGGAGGCAGAAGCCCUGGCUAAGCGCCACUCGGACGGCGUGUUCACUGACAGCUACAGCCGCUACCGGAAGCAAAUGGCCGUGCGGAAAUAUCUGGCCGCAGUCCUCGGCAAAAGCCCUGAAGACUUAGAUUUGCACCAAUUUCUACAAGGCAUAGACAUUGGGGAGCUCCCGGAUGGGGAUGAGUUUGAGGCAUUUAUGAGCAUCUGGCUGAGGCUCCUGGUGAGUGGCUUUGCGGCUCUGGUCCAUACCUUAGCCCUUUACUUUUUGGAAAAGUGCCUCUCACUCUUCCUUCUUUCUCCCGUGAUGUUCUCCCCUUCUGCCAUCUAGAGCUUAAAUUUCAUGAGCCAACUCCUUUCCUUUCUCACCUGUUCACACUCUGCUUGAUAAACACAUUAAUUUUCACACCUUGGUAUGUUCUCACUUCAGAAGAUUGCUCUGAAAAUAGCUCCUGGGUUCUUUUCAUGAAGUAAAUACGACACACUCUCUAGUACACAGUAGAAUAGAGGACUCCUCAGAUAUGUCUGUCACUGAGUCACUACACAGCCUUUCCUAUUUCUGUAAAAGUAUAUCCAAGCACCUGAUCUACCGUUUUUCCAAGCUGUUAUUCCUCACCUUUUUAUCGUGUGAGUGGGAGCUUGUGAAUGUGUUUACUCAUUUAUUCCAAGCAUACAGUUCAGCUGUUAUAAGUUAUGGAGUUUGUGUAUGUGUGUAAAAUGUGUCUUAUGAAUUUGUGGUGGUGGAAAAUUGGAUCUGGGAUUUUUUUUCUAUUCUUUUAUUCUGUAUUUUUUCUUCUGUGGCAAAAAAACACACUGGGCACUUAUAGAUUUACAGAUUAAAGUCUCUCCUUCCUGACCAAACUGGCCCUGAAAUCUGCUCUUGUUAAUGCCAGAUAUCCGCAUUGUCCAUGUUCAUGUCUCCGUCUUCAUCUUACUGCUUUGUGUCGAGAUGUGAUUUGGGAUUUCUGGGUACUUUUAGUGUAACGUCUCUCUCUUUAGUCUUAAUUAGGAUGUCACAGCUGUAUGAGGCUACGUACAGUCUUACUUGCAACCAUAUCACAGUCAGUUUGCUAAUGUUAAUGUUUAUGUAUGCAACAAGAUGAGAAUGAAUUGAGUAAAAUUGCAGAGUUAGGAAAGGAUGUUGGGUGGGGGCUUAGGGGGAGCUGCUUAAAGCACACCUCAAAACUGCAGUGAAUGUAUGUGUGAAAGUGUAAGAGAGAGGGUGUGAGUGUGAAAUCAAUGUUUGUUUAAUUAUGCAUUCU